UGGGAACCUACCACAGUAAACCCCAAGAACCCAAAAUCUCCAGAGAUGCCACGGCAUGGUCUCCAACCUGACUAAUCCCAUUCCAUUGACCCAAUCACCUCCGCACCGAGGCUCUUCAGACCAAUCGACACCAAAUGACGUGAUUGCUCUCUCACAAGCAUAGGCCAUUUUCGGUGCUUCGAAUGGCUUCAUUUAUCAUCAUGCUUUGAAAUACAGCAUCCAAGUGUUACAGUAUUUAAAGAAAGAAGAAGCUCUCUAGUAGGAGGAGGAAAUAUUUCAAGAUAUCACUGAUCCCACUAACACCACCUCAUCGCCAUCCUCAUCAACGUCUCAGCGUGAAUUACAAAGAUCAAGACUCAUUUACAACCUCCAGCAGAAAGCUCUAGAUAUCAUCGUGCACCCCAAACCCAGACCUCAUCUCCCAAUGGCCAUCGACAGAGUCCCCCGCGGCCAAGUCCGCGCAACCCUAAACUUCUUCGCCGCGCCCGCCGACAACGCGUCCCCCUACAACCUCAUCAACCCAGACGGUCCCCCCUCCAGAAACUACGGCGACGCUCCCACAGAAACCCUCCUCAACGACAUCCGCGGCCGCGAAUCGGAAUUCUCCCUAGACCGCGACGCCUUCGCCGUGAUCCGCAACCUCCCGCCCUCCGCAGAGAAAGACUUCACAGACGACGAAUCCGUCAAAGAAAAAUACUAUCCGGAACUUGAGAAGCUCCUCCUGGAACAUGUCCCCGGAAGCACCCGCGUCCUCUUCUUCGACCACACCAUCCGCCGCGCCGACCCCAAGGCCCCGCGGAACCCAGUUACCCGCGUGCACAUCGACCAGACCCCGUCCUCCGUCAUCCAGCGCGUGAAAAAGCACCUCCCCCAAGAAGAAGCAGACAAGCUCCUCGCGGGCCGCUACCGUAUCAUCAACGUCUGGCGCCCGCUCAACAAGACGCCCGUCGAGUCCUUCCCGCUGGGCUUCGCCUCGUCCUCGACGCUGGCCGACGAGGAUAUCGUACCCAUCGAGCACCGGUAUACCACGGGCUACACCGGUGAGACAGCGGGUAUCAAGUUCAGCCCGGAGCAAAAGUGGUACUACCUGAGCGGAAUGACGGGAGACGAGCGGCUGCUGCUUGAGUGCUUCGAUAGCGAGGGUCUCCGGGACGGCACUGGUGUCGAGGGAGGUCGCGUGGCUCACACUGCCUUUGAAGAUCCGAGGACGAGGGCUGAUGCCGUGGGCCGCGAGAGCAUCGAAGUACGAGCGCUGGUGUUUGGUCCUUAAAGAUACACUAAUCUGGAGCUGAUUUGAGUUGUACUUAAUGAGUCAAUGAUAAUAUGAAUAUUUUCAACUA